UCUUCCUCCCUCGCUGCCUGGCGUCGCGCGCGGCCCAGAGGCGGGUGAGGCGGUCGUUGCCGGGGCCAUGUUCCGCCGCAAGCUCACGGCGCUCGACUACCACAACCCGGCCGGCUUCAACUGUAGGGAUGAAACGGAAUUCAGAAACUUUAUUGUCUGGCUUGAAGACCAGAAAAUCAGACACUACAAGAUUGAAGACCGAGGAAAUUUAAGAAACAUACACAAUGAUGAAUGGCCUAAGUCCUUUGAAAAGUAUUUGAAAGAUGUGAACUGUCCUUUCAAGCUGGAAGAACGGCAAGAAACAGUUGACUGGCUGCUUGGGUUAGCUGUCAGGCUUGAAUAUGGAGAUAAUGCUGAGAAGUACAAGGACUCCACACCUGAUGGUGCCAAAAAUACUGAUAAUACAGGGAAAAGUGCAGAGCCACUGAUAAACUUAGAUGAGUGGAACGCAGCCAGUAUUUUGAAACCAAGUGCAAUGACCGUGUGGUUCGCUCUUGCAGUGAAUAAUCCUGACUUCAAGGCUGGUGUGAUGGCUUUGGCUAAUCUUCUUCAGAUCCAACGGCAUGAUGACUAUUUGGUGAUGCUUAAGGCAAUUCGUAUUUUGGUUCAGGAGCGCCUGACUCAGGAUGCUGUAGCAAAGGCCAAUCAGUCUAAAGAGGGUUUGCCUGUUGCUUUGGAAAAACACAUUCUUGGUUUUGACACCGGAGAUGCUGUCAUUAAUGAAGCUGCCCAGAUUCUUCGAUUGCUGCAUGUAGAAGAACUCCGAGAGCUGCAGACAAAAAUCAACGAAGCCAUAGUAGCAGUUCAGGCAAUUAUUGCUGAUCCGAAGACAGACCACAGACUGGGGAAAGUUGGAAGAUGAACAAAAUUAAGACUUUUAAGUCUCUUGCAUACCUAGUACAAUUAGGAGUUGUAUACACCUCUGGCAUGCAUUUUGAAAUGGAUAUUGUUUCAUUGUUUUGAAAGAAACCCAGGGAGAAAGUGAAGUCUUACUAUUCUAAUGAAUUACCCUUUUUUCUUUAAAUAAAUGAAGUGGGGGAAACAGCUAAAAAUUGUUCUGUUUAGCUAUACGUUGAGAAGUAUAAAAUUUUACUCUUCGUCCUUU